CAGUAGCAGAAUUGAAUGUCUUGGAAGACAGCGAUGGCUUUUUCUUUAGAAUUUGAAUAUGGAGGCCACAGGGACAGAUGAAGUAGAAAAGAUAAAAUCAAAGUUUAUGUCUGCAUGGCACAACAUGAAAUACAGUUGGGUGUUGAAAACAAAAACUUACUUCAGUAGAAACUCUCCAGUCUUUCUGCUGGGAAAAUGUUACCACUUCAAAACUGAUGAAUCUGGUGAACUUUCUACAGGUGGGUCCAAUUUUGACAAAAUCAACGCAGAGAUUUCAGGAAACGUUGAGGAGUUCCGUAAAGAUUUUAUUUCUAGAAUAUGGCUGACUUACAGAGAGGAAUUUCCUCAGAUAAAGGGGUCUGCGUUAACAACAGAUUGUGGUUGGGGUUGCACACUGAGAACUGGUCAAAUGCUGCUGGCUCAAGGACUUAUGCUUCAUUUUCUUGGUAGAGCCUGGGUCUGGCCAGAUGCGUUGGACAUCGACAAUUCAGAUUCUGAAUCGUGGACAGCCCAUACAGUGAAAAAGCUGACAGCAUCAUUCGAAGCAUCGCUUACAGCAGAAAGGGAACCCAAGAUCCUGUCAAAUCAUCAUCGGGGAACGUUAAAGAGAAACUGUGAUGACAAUGAAAUGAGAAAUGAAGUUUACCAUAGAAAAAUAAUUUCUUGGUUUGGCGACUCUCCGCUGGCGGCUUUUGGUUUACAUCGGCUAAUAGAAUAUGGAAAGAAGUCUGGAAAAAUUGCUGGGGAUUGGUAUGGGCCUGCAGUUGUUGCACACAUUUUAAGAAAAGCUGUUGAAGAAGCAAGAGACCCUGAGCUACAAGGAGUAACAGUCUAUGUUGCUCAGGAUUGUACAGUCUACAGUUCAGAUGUUAUUGACAGACAGUGCUCUUUUAUGGAUUCUGGAAAAGCAGACACAAAAGCUGUAAUUAUACUAGUUCCUGUGAGACUCGGUGGAGAGAGAACAAACACGGACUACUUAGAGUUUGUAAAGGGAAUUUUAAGCCUUGAGUACUGUGUUGGUAUUAUUGGUGGCAAACCCAAGCAGUCGUAUUACUUUGCUGGAUUUCAAGAUGACAGUUUGAUUUACAUGGAUCCUCAUUACUGCCAAUCUUUUGUAGAUGUCAGCAUAAAGGAUUUCCCUCUUGAGUCAUUCCACUGUCCUUCUCCCAAAAAGAUGUCAUUCAAAAAAAUGGAUCCGAGCUGCACGAUAGGAUUUUACUGUAGAACCGUGCAGGACUUUGAGAAGGCUUCCGAAGAGAUAACGAAG